UCACUAUCCGUGCAUGAAGCUUUCGCCCCAGCUCGGAAGACUGUUCUCAGCAGAGUAUAAGCAACUGUCAAACUGUAAUCACCUCCGCUGUCUUGCCUGGUUAAAUCCGCUUUAAUCACGCCGUGUUUUAGCAGCGAGGGCGAGUAGAUUAGGGAUCUGCUUCUGGACCAUUAGAAGGAUUGCUUGGAAGAUGAUUAGCGGGGGAUGGCACGGCAGGGACUUGGUGUCCAGAGCAUUGGCGAGCAUACGUUGGAUAUGUGAGACCUUCUUUUUUUAAAGGAAGAAGAGCGCAGCAUCGCUUUGGACACAGCUGCAUUUAGCUCUGCAUUCUGUGACUGGACAGCACUGCCCACUACAAAUUGUUCAUCUGUGUGUAAGAGGGAUCAACAAAGCUUUAGAAGCAACUCUGGAUUUAGUUUUUUGCUUUGGUUUGCACAAAAAUGUUGUUGUUUUAUCAUUAGCAUUGGCCAGUUGGAGGCUUCGGUGCAUGACAACUUCUAGCAAACUUCUGAGCAACCACAAUGAACUUCUUCCUCAGAAAAGAACGGCCUCUACCUUCGGCUUUUUGAGAGCAACUUGAGAAGCAGCAAUACGGAUUGAAAUCAUUCCUUGUUCGGUCCUGUUUUAGGAACAUCUGAAGAUGUCCAAGCCGUCUCGUCUGGUCAGACCCUCUAAGCAGUCUCGGAAAGAGCUCCCAGGCAACCGCUCGCAGAUGCUGAUUGUCGGGGAGAGGCUGAUGAGGGCCGGAAGUGAAGGUAACCUGGUGAGACCCAGAUCAGCGCAACAGCAGGAUCAGCAGCAGCCUGCCCACAGCCAGGACCAGUCAACAAAGAUGCUGACCAACCCAGAGCCGGUGAAAGGCAAGCAGAGGCCCUGCUCUGCUGAGGAUGUGGACAGCCUAGACAGUAGGCAGGGCAGUAGGGACGAAAGCGACCACCUGGACCCCUGGUCUCCUCGCACGGUGCCCCGCAGACACACGGUAGCUAUGCAGCCACACAACGUUGAGCGCAGGAGGGAGGCCUUUCUGGAGCACCUGAAGCAGAAGUACCCCCACCACGCGUCCACCAUCAUGGGCCACCAGGAAAGGCUUCGAGAACAUAUUAGGGGUCCUGUUCAUGGUGGAAACCAACAGCCUGGUGUAGUGGAGCAGGGGGAACACUCUCUGGCCUCUCUGGAGUCUCUGGAGGCCAUGUCUGAGGGGGAAGCCCCUGCCGCCUUCAUGAGGGGCAGCCGUGCCAGGGCCAGCCUCCCUGCGGUCAAAUCCAGCAACCACACCAAGGACCGGUCAUUAGGUGUUUUAUACCUUCAGUAUGGAGAGGAGACCAGGCAGAUGCUCAUGCCCAAUGAAGUCACAACUGUGGACACGGUCAGAGCUCUGUUCGUCAGUGCCUUCCCCCAGCAGCUCACCCUGAAGAUGCUGGAGUCUCCCAGUGUGGCCAUCUACAUCAAAGACCAUGCACGCAACGUCUACUACGAGCUCACAGACAUCCGAAACAUCACACCACACUCCUGCCUGAAGCUCUACCACAAGGACCCCGCCCAGGCCUUCAAUCACACAUCCAGAAGCAACAACGGAGACGCUAGGAUUUCCCGCGAGAGGCUAUAUGGCAAUAGACAGCCUGCGAGUGGACAGAGCCUAGUCCACACCCUGCCGGCCCCACACAGCCCCAUCCGCACCGUGCAGGGAUCCAUGUCCCCGCCAGCCGCUCGCUCCAUGCCCUCCUCGCCCUCCAGACUGCCCUACGGCUCCCGAUCAGUGGGCAGUGCCACCCUGCCCCGUGAGCGCCUGUCCAGUGCCCCACCGGCCCGCUCCAUCACACCUUGCUCCAGCGCCAUCCUGGAGCGGCGAGACGUUAAGCCAGACGAAGACCUUGGCCCAAACCCAUACAGCCCGGCUGACGCCCGCCUGAGCCUGAGCUCGUCCCAGGAUGUCCCAGACGGGGCAGUUUUCCUCCAGCAUCGAUAUUCAGAGGUCCCUGACGCACCCCAUCACUCCCUCUACAGGCAGAAAUCACGCAAAUAUUCUGAAAACCAGCACGUUCCACUCGGGUCCAAAACCCCGCCUCCUUCCCCUCAUAGAGUGGGUGAGGUCCGGAUGAUUGACAUCCACCCUGGGCAGAAUGCCCACAUGCUGACCCAAGCAGUAGAGAGGGCCUCGUCUGUUCGGAGAUCGUUUCGGAAGGACAGUAACGGCACUAUGGAGGCAGUGGGCAGGGUCAGAGGCAACAUGGGCUCCCCCGUUUUUGCGGACCUGCCACCCGGUCAUGGAGAAAGGCCAUUUCAAGGGCUAAUAACAGCAGAUCCUCAGAGCGAGCGGAUGAAGGCUAUGGAGCAGCAGAUAGCUAGUCUGACUGGUCUUGUUCAGCAUGCGCUUCUGAAGGGGACAAAUACCAGUGGUGUCAAAGACACUGCCAGUGAGAAAUCCCUCUCGGCAUCUCCUGCUCACAGCGUAAACAGUGGUGGAGUGUCCCCCGUGGCCGUGUGCAAAAGUCCUGCUUUUCAGACUGACCCUCCGGCAGGGUCAGCACCUCCUCCAGCCACAGAGCCGGUCAUCAGUUCCAGCCUGACCACCUUCCACCAGAACGUCUCCAACCUCAGACAGCAACUACACCAGCUCAGAUACAUGCAGCUGCAGAACCAGGAUGCUAUGCGGCUGAUGCUGCAGCAGAUGGAGGAGGAGCUGAUGGAGAGAGUGUGUGAGCGGCUGCAGCUGCUGGAAGAUCCUCUGCAGAAACAGAGGAUCCAGGUGGAUGAGGAGAGACACAGAUACCUAGCCAUGGAGGAAACCGUGCUGCUCCAGCUGGGGGAGCUGGAAAAGCACGUGGAGAAUCUAAAAGUGGACUCCAUGUCCGUGACAGCCCAGCGACCAAUCACCUUGAAGGAUGUGGAGGAGGGUGCGGUGAAUCUGAGGAAAGUCGGGGAGGCCCUUGCUGCACUGAAAGGGGAGUUCCCAGAGCUGCAGCUGAAGAUGCGCUCGGUGUUGCGGGUGGAGGUGGAGGCCGUGCGUUUCCUGAAGGAGGAGCCACACAAAAUGGAUAGCAUGCUGAAGAGGGUCAAAGCACUGACUGAAACUCUGGGCAGCCUCAGGAGGUGUGCUACAGAGGGCAACCUUCAAACUGACCCGAUCUCCACGAAGCUCGAGGAGCCUGACUCCCCCAGCUUGUCCCAGGACUCCCCCACUCCUCAGCCACGUUCCCCAGCACAAGCAGCGCAUUCCGAGCUCACCCCCUCCUCGCCCAUGCUGGUGCAGCGUGCUCGCAGCACCCCCGUCAGCCUGCAGCCCUGCCAGCUCUCCGGGGCCCUGUCCCACCACGCCAGCCCCCCGCUUACACCCACACACGGCCGCGACACCCCCACCGUCGCCAAGGUCAGCCCCCGCAGCCGGGAGGACAGCCCAGCCCUACAGAAGAAGUCUAUCCCGGAUGUCCGAGAGGAAGUCAUUAACUCCGGUUUAGUCUGCGCUGCUGAAAACACCACACCUCCACCACAGGACGAGGAAAACACUGCUGACACAGGCAGCAACAAGGCUGCAGAGGAAGAGCAGUUGGAGGAUGAAGCCGGGGCUGAGAUGGAGAGGAUUCUGCAGCAGGCCCAGGCCAACCUCAUGAAGGCCAUUCCUGACCUGGAGGUGACCACACGGGAGGACAGCGCUACUACAAACCCAUCGGCCUCUAAUAUUCUGCCGGAUGAAGUGGACUGCCCUCAGCCUCCAGCUCCACUCCCAGAUGCCACCGCACCAGCAGAACCUGUUGCAGAAAAACCAGUCCAGACCAGCGCAGAGAAGCUCCAGAAGCCUCCUGUGGAGAAACCUCACAGAGCCAGUGUUGACAGAGCCAAGCCCGGCACUGAAACAGCCAGCAAGUCCCCUCCUCCUCCCCCGCCUCGCAGAUUCUACCCUCAGGGCACCGGGCUUACAACCGGACGCUCCGGAGAGGUCAUCUAUACCACCCGCAAGGAAUCCGCCCCUGCUCAGCAGGAGGUGGAGGAGGGGGCAGCCAAGCCCAAACCCCAAAGAGUUCCCCCGGAGGUCAAACCCAAACCCCACACCCCUCCCCCCAUCAGCGCCUCCGCAGCCCGAGACGAGGAGGAGGAUGAAGAUGAAGAUAAGAUCAUAGCAGAGCUGCAGGUGUUUGAGAAGUGCCCAGUUAAAGAUUUAGAGCCCCGAUAUGUGGUUGAUCUGACCACCCACGAACUCCCAGACACUGAGGCAGCGUUCUCUGUCUCCUCAUACGACCCGAAGAACACAGCUCACCACUCCGAAGAUGGAAAACACACUCUCAAUGCUUCAUCUGGCUCUGGGGUCAUGUAUUACAUCACUGGAACAGCAAAGAUACCCAGCGACAAUCUCCCUAAAGAACCUGAAGUCCAAAAAGAGUCCGGGGAAGGAAUCGUUUCCCCCUCAAAGGUGGCAAAUCUGAAUGCUUCUGACUUUUCCCCACGGCCAAACAUACUAACAUCACAUGACUUCACUUUAGAUGUUCCUAAAUCAUUGGAGGAAGGCCAGAAGGAGUCAAAUGAUAAUCAGCGGAUAUCUGUUAGUCUUCUUGAGGAUACCUGCAGAACUGAGGAUGAUGCAGUUCCAAAAGGGCAGUCGGCUGAGAAUAUCACAAAUAGGCCAGAAAAGCAAGUGGUUUCAACUUCUGAAAACCUGAUUGUCACUGAGAAAUCUUCCACUGUUGGAUUUGAGGUGCUGACGGCUGGCUCUCAAGGGGUAUCCGAAGUCUCAGUGAUGCUGGAGGAGAAUGAGUGCCAUGAGAAUGAGCAACAGGUGGUGAUGAGGUCAUCUAGAGGCCGGGCCAGGUACUCCGAGGAUGCCAGCUUAAGUCCUGACCUUCCUGGAGAGGAAGCUCCACCUCCACCUCCACCUGACAACAUUGCAUUCAUGAUCACUAAAACCAAAGUGAAGGCUCUGUCCGAUGGAGAGUACCAGCAGCUGGUUAGCUCCAAAGGCCAAGACGUUGAAACUGUUAAAGUGGGAACAGACACGACUGCGUCUGCCCCAGAGGAUGGUGGGUUUAGUAAGAAACCUGUGAUCAUCUUCUUUGAUGAGCCUAUGGACAUUCGGCAGGCAUACAAGCGUCUGUCCACUAUCUUCGAGUGUGAGGAGGAGCUGGACAAGAUGCUCGCGGAGGAACCCAUUGAUGAGGAGACUGAGGAGGCAGAGGAAGAGGAGGCAUAUUCGCAGAGGACAGGACAGGUAAUGACGAAGACUGGGGGAGCAGAUGAGUGCAGGGCAGAAAGAAAAGCAGAUGGCAGUGGUAGUGGGAAUCAUCUCCCACUGUCUGGGCAAGAGCAGAACCCCACAGAGUGCUCUUCCCCCGAGUCAGAGGAUGGAUCAAAAAUAGAUCCACCUGGUGAUGCAAAGCAAGACAGUAAAAAGAAAUUUAAGUUAAAGUUCCCCAAGAAGCAGCUAGCGGCUAUCGGACAAGCCCUCCGCACUGGAACUAAAACAGGCAAAAAGACCCUGCAGGUUGUGGUUUACGAAGAUGAAGAGGAACCAGAUGGUACGGUGAAGCAAGCAAGAGAAGCCAAGAGGUUUGAAAUCAGAGCCCAGGCAGAGUCUAACAGUACCAUCACCUCUGAAAGUCCUCCAACCUCUAAAGGUAGGACUAACGACAUCUGUAAAACAACUUACAAAACCUUAGACAGCCUAGAGGAAACCAUUAAGCAACUGGAAACCACCAUCAGUGACAUGGACCCUGCACUAUCCCCAGAAACUUUACGUAAAGAAUCGAAGACCAAGAGAACUGCUGUUCAAACGGUGCAGGGUGAAGGAAGUCCCUCGAAGAGGGCGACUCCUCAGGCGCCAAAGCCCCUAAAAUCUCCUCAACGAAAGAAGGCCAAAGCACAGUCCACUCCUCGAUCCUCUUCCUCCAGCUCUUCCAGCUCCAGCGGCACUAAACAGAACACCAGUGGCUCACCUUCCUCGAGUCGGAUUUCCUCACCUAGAUCCCGUCAGCAAGCAGGGAGUGCGGAGAAACCCGGCAAACCCCAAAAGAUCCAGGACUCCCAGAGGCAAUUCCGACAGGUAGUUUUACUGUAGCAGCCUGUGUGAGAGACUUCCAUUCUCAUGGCCAAAAGAUGCAGACACGUGAUGUUCCAUGGCGCGUUGUAGACUGUGAAUCUGUGACUGUUUUUUGUUGAGUGGACCUGCGUGGAUCAGCUGUGAUGUCUCGUUUCCUCCGUCUCUCUGGUUACAAUUCUUCCCCUACACAUCUCACCUUAAACCAUCCCUGUUUCCCAUCUGUUGUAACCUCAGGCAUGGCCAUCACAAUGGACAACCCCCACUAACAUCAAAGGGCACUGAUGUGUGUGUGUGGGGUGAGGGAGUGGCUUAUAGUUACCAAUACAAAAAUGGGUUGACUUGGAAGUGUUGUGCCAGCUCCUGUAUUAUGCAGUGCCAAAGUUCUUCUUCUUGCUUUUCUUGAAGUGCUGUUUUUAAAAGUAAAACAUGCAAUUACACAAACUCUUCUACCUUCAUUUCUCGAAAGAGGACAAGUAUUUUUGUUGAUGUAUUACUGCUAAGUAUUUAUAUAGAUCUUUACACUCCAUGCUUGCUUGACACUGCGUGUCUUCCGGCGUCUCUGUUCGCAGGCUAACGGGAGUGCUAUCGCAGCUCGCGGGAAUAGUAAACAUGCUUUCCUUGCUUUGCCUGCUUCUAAGAUCCCAGCCUUUUGUCCUAGCUCGGGGAAAAGCAGCUCUGCAUCCACUCCUUUCUCAAAUGCGUCUAAGCCUACUAAUCACCUCUCUGCCUGCUCCAAGUCCUCUAUCCCGUGUCUUAGCCUGAGCCGGCCUGGCCACAGGCCCAGCCCCAACCUCUAACGAGUCCCUGCGAGUCCCUGGCCCUUCACAGUGGGCCAAAGGUUAUGGCUUAUCGCUCUCCGCCCAAACCCAUGGCACCCAAUCCAGCUACUACUCCUCCUCUUCCUCAUCCUCGUCCCACUCCUCCUCUUCCUCAGUGUCUCCCACCUCCACUUCAUCUUCCUCAUCGCCCUCCUCCCCCUCUCUCCUCUCCCCCACCACCUUGAGCCGGGCCAGCCGGGCCCCACACGUCCCUGGCUUCAGCAGUCCGAGACCGCAGCCUGGCACCACCAGCGGCCUGCCCAUUAUCACACCAGCGUCAACCUCAAAGG